UGUGCUGAUGAUAAUUGCGGCAAGAUAUUGGCCGCAACACAACAACAGCAACAACAACAACAAAAAGCACAGGAAAGUUCAACCAAUUUACGAAUACAAAGUAAAACAAGAAAUCGCUUAUCGCCACGUCCAUCACCAAAUAUUGGAACACAGCGUAAAACCGUUACUGAGAACGGUACAAAGACAAAGGGGGCCAUGCGUGAGGCUUUUCCUAGCCUCCCGUUUGGUACCCCGGGAUUGGAAACAAUUAGAGACAAUAAUCUUGAGCCAACAACACCAACAGCUGAACAACAAGAACAACAAGAAUUACAACAAAAUUAUAAAAAAACAACAACAAUAUCACAUCCCUCAUAUUAUCAAUCAUCAUCAUCUUCAACAUUAUUAUCAACAUAUCAACAACAAUAUACAAAUUCAACAACAUUAUCAAGCGGAGGACAGUUAUCAAAUCCAAUUACACAAAGUAGUACCGGUGUUGGAAUUAGUUCAUCGGCCGGAGGCACAACAACAAUAUCGUCAUCAGGAACAAAUAGUUUUAAUCAACAACAACAGGGAUCAACUACGGUAGAUUUAGCACAAAUAAGGGAAGAAAGUAACAUUUCAACCCCAUCUAGAAUAAUUGAAAGGGAAAGGGACAGUGGCGUGUCAUUGGAUAGCUCAGAAGCUAAUUUUCGUUCUUCAUCAGCAGCUAGUAAUGUUGUUGGUGGUAGCGGUGGCUGCAGUGGCAUCGGUGCUGGCAGCAGUAGUAUAAACAGUGGCACGACCACAAAUCCCUUACCUUCACAUCCGGGUGAUUUAGAGGAACUUCAAAGUGUUUUACAUUUUCCGGAAGAAGUUGCUUUACGUCUAACGGAUGCCGAAUAUCAAUUGUUUUAUCAGGUGCCUCCCAUCGAGUAUUUUAAGCAUGUGAUAUUAGAAAUUCAAACUGAAACUGGUACAUUACACCAACCAACACAACCGCAAUCGCAACAACAGCCGCAAACAUCAACUCAACAAUCAUCAAAUACCACAACAACCAGAUUAACAAUAAAAAGUUUACAAAAACGCUUUGAUGAGGUUGUAUGUUGGGUUUACCACUUGAUAACGAAUCAACAAACUUAUGAAGAUCGAAAAGCAGCCUUUGCAUGUCUUUUAAGAGCGGCUUUAACAUGUUGGAAUAUAGGAAAUUUUAAUGGGGCAAUGGAAAUUACAACAGGUCUCAAGUCACCACAAUUAAAGCAAUUAAUAUCAACAUUUGCUGAUAAAGGAAAGAUUCCUGCAUUAGAUUUUUUAUCAGCCGCUUUAGAAUCUGUUGAAUACGAAAAGGCCUUAACACGUGGUUUAACAAUACCAGAAUGUCGAGUAGUUCCGUGUUAUAAAAUGUUUUUAAAAGACUUAAAAGAACUUUUAAUACAAUCAUUAGCACCAAAUCUUGGUAUAAUACAUCCAAGUAUGGGUGUAGCGGGUGGUAUUUGUGCGGCUGCCUACGCAAUGCAUCAGUUACCAACAUCAAUUGAUACAUCACCAGUAACAUUUAUUGAAAUCGAACCAAAUACAAAUCGAACAAAUAGUGCGAAUUUAUCAACUCCAGAAUCAUGUAAUCGUGGUGUACAAACGAAUUUAAGAGGACCAUUCGAUUAUCGAACGACGACGAAUUAUUUAUUAACUAGCUCGAAUCAAAACCCUAUUAAUUGCGGCAGUACAAAUAGCAACAUUAGUAAUUCGAGUGGUAAAGUAAAUUGUAGACAAUUGUACAUAUCUGAUUAUAAUGGUGAAGAUUUACAUUUUACAAAAAUGGGAUCAUCAGGUCUGAUUAAUCAAGAUCAGAUCUAUCGAAUACAAGCUGUGAUGGAUCACAUUGAUCAAUGUCAUCAACAUCAUCAUGCCUUAAGCAAAGAAUCAUCAACAAGUUUAUUAGAUUUUUUAAGAACAUCAGCAUUUAGCCCAAAAUUAAUGACACCUAUAGCAACUUAUCAAACUGAAGUAAAUGAACAUGAAGAAGAUUAUGAAGUUGAAAUUGGUAAUUAUAAUCCAGUACAACCACUACCAAAUGAUCAUGGUGUAGGCAUGAUACCAAUAUCAUCCAUACAUCACAAAAUUGAUCAUCAUUUAUUACAAAUAAUGCAUCACGGUACAACUGCCGUAUUGUGGGAACCAGAAACUCCCUCAGAUCGUUCUUGUUAUAAAUUUUUUCGUUUAGAGCGCUCUUGUUCAAUGGUUAGCUGGCAUCGUCCAUCAUGGCGAAGGUUGAAAACUCAGCAAGAAUUUAACGUGGCUAUCAACCCCGAAGAUUUAAUUGCAAACCGUAUGAUGACCAAACCUUUAAUUUACCAAACAGAUUUUGAUCCAAUGUCUCAGACAAUCGAUGAAGGUUUCCUAGAUUUAAUAAAUGUUAAAGAAAUUACAAUGGGUUCAAGAAAUCGUGAAUAUGAUGCAGAUUUAUUAGCAGCCGGAAAACGAUUCGGUUUGACUCACGUUGAAUGCUGCGUUUCAAUAUUAUAUGGUAAUUCUUUAAGUGAUAAUCGAGUAUUGUGCCUAUUAUGCCCACCGUUAUUGUGCAGAUUAUGGUUUGUUGGUUUAACCUGGAUAAUACGCGGUAUCAAACGUCAACAGCGUCUUGCCGACAGAUCAAUGAUGUGGUUAAAAGAACAAUAUUUACAAUUAUAUUAUGAAGAUGGCUACUGUGUAGAACCAUUAGCCGCUGAUGCAAUACGUAUGUUUGGUGGUAGAGAUUGGUCUCAAACUGGUGCAACCGCAGCAGCUUUAGCCGCUCAACAACAAGAGAACUCAGAGAGCAUAAGACGUGAACAAUCCAUAAAAAUUAAGAAAAAGCGUUCCGUUGUCAAUUUGCUAAGUCAAGCAACAGGGGGAGGAGGCAGUGGUAGCGGUGGAACGAGCAGUAGUAGUGGGUACAGCAAUAGUAUUAGUAAUAGCAGUAGUGGGCUUGGAUUAAUGGCCGCUGAAUCCAUGGAAACUAUACGUGAAAUAACAACAAAAUCUGCACGACCUUUUAUACGUGGAAAAGAUCGUAAUGGUUCCUCAGAUCAAUUAUUUCAACAGUAUUCGUCUAGCCAAAUUCAACAAAUGACACCACAAUCAAUUAGAGAACAAAAAGAACCAAGUAGAUCAGAAACACAACAUCCGAACAGGAACCUGCGGGCAGGAUCUAUAACAUAUGAAACACAGUUGGAUUUUUUAGAUUUUAUUGCACUAUUUCGUUCUUUCAGUUUAUUAGCUCGUAAGGAUUUGCGUGAUUUAUUUGAUCAAUUGUCUGUGACACGUAAAAAUCGUACCCGUUUAUAUUCAGAAAAAAGUCGAAGUGCACCAGAAUUAUGCGCUGUAACCGGCCAACGCAAAAUAGGUAAUCUAAAUAACUUAAAUGAUAAUAACAGUGGAGCCCUUACUUACGACAUUAAUCAAAUUGAUGAUGAAAUAUCUCGAUUACAACCAAUUAUAGCCACACCAAAAACAACAAUGACAGCUAUUACUCCAACUAUAACCACAACUAUUACUACUAACAAUAAUAAUAAAAACAAUACAACAACCACCAAAACUACUACUACAUCUAAUAUUUAUAAAAACGUUCCACAUUUUGCAGGUUUACUCACUCGCAACAGUUCAUUAGAUUUAGAACUGACUGAAGCAAAAAGUGCCCAAAAAAAAAUUUUUGAUGCCAUAGCUGCAUCUAGUAUAUUAACAAACUGUGCCGGUAUUGACACAGCGAGCAAUCAAGUAAUAACUGUAUCAACAUUGAAAAAAUUUCUCGAGGCUCGUCAAAUGGAAAUCAAAACAGAUGAUGAAGUUAAAGCAAUUAUAAUGCGUCAUGAACCAGAUCAAACAUUACGGUUAGACAACUGUUUAAGUUUUGAAGGUUUUGCACGCUAUAUGAUGGAUAAAGAUAAUUAUGCUUUCGUAAAUGAACAUGUCAUACAAUCAACAUCUAACAUGGAUCGUCCGCUAUCGCAAUAUUACAUAGCAUCUUCACAUAACACUUAUUUGACAGGUCAUCAAUUGAAAGGUGAAAGCUCGGUAGAACUAUACAGUCAAGUUCUGCUAACUGGUUGCCGCUGUGUCGAAUUGGAUUGUUGGGAUGGUGAUGAUGGUACCCCAGUAAUUUAUCAUGGUCAUACUUUCACAACUAAAAUCCCAUUUAGAGCAGUUGUCGAAGCUAUUAAUAGAUCUGCAUUUGUUGCCUCACCAUAUCCCGUCAUACUAUCAAUAGAAAACCAUUGCUCAUUGCAGCAACAAGCAAGAAUGGCUCACAUUUUUCAAGCAAUUUUCGGUGAAAAAUUGGUAUCUAAAUUUCUUUUUGACUCUGAUUAUAGUGAAGAUCCAUUAUUACCAUCACCGUCACAAUUAAAACAUAAAAUAUUAAUUAAAAAUAAAAAACUAAUAGCAGAAGUUCCAAGUAAUCCAGUUUUAAGAGGAACACCACAACGUCAUCCGACGACCGCUACAGGGAGAGCCAGCUCGAUUAUUUCUAAUACAAGCAGUGGGUCAGUAACGGAAGAAUUUAGUGAUGAUGAAUAUGAAGACGAUGAGGAUGAAAUAGAUGAAAAAACUUUUCAUUCGAUUUUUGGUUCCAUAGACGAAAAACAAACUCGACAUAGUCUAUCUUCGUAUUCUAAUAUAACGCCUACGCGGCGAGUUGAACCCGAUGACAAGCCGAAAAAACGUAGUAGUCAAAUAGCUCGAGAAUUAUCGGAUAUUGUGAUAUAUGUGCAAGCAAUAAAAUUUCGUGGGCUUAAUCCAUUUAGCCCACAUAAUUCUGUUAGAAUGCAACAACCACCUAGCACAGCAUCAUCUAGUGGCAGUCUCGUUACAGUUGGUAGCAUUCUUAAAGUUGGGUCUGGGACUUCAAGUGGACCUCCAUCUGGUACAUCAAUCAACACAUCAGAUACAAUUUCAGCAAAUUCCGAAACAAUCGAUACAUUAUCGUCACAACCUUUAUCACUUCCAAUACAAUCUAGUACAACACCAGGACUGACACAGUCCGCAGCAAUCAUACCACAGCAACCAUUAAGUACGACAAGUACAUCAUCUGCAUCACACCGCAAACUGGUUCAUCCAAAUGUUAACCAUCCAUGCUAUCAAUGCUCGUCAAUAAAUGAAGCUAGUGCAAAAAAACUUUGUAGAAAACAUCCACUUGCAUUAAUAUCUCACACCCAAACUCAAUUAAUGCGAACUUACCCAGCUGGACUGAGGAUAGAUUCGUCAAAUUUCAAUCCAGUUUACUUUUGGGCGUUUGGCGUGCAAAUGGUUGCCCUGAAUUAUCAAACUGAUGAUCCACCAAUGCAUAUUAACACAGCUAUGUUCGAAGAAAACGGGUGUUGUGGAUUUGUUUGCAAGCCAGAAGUCUUAUGGAAUCCUACUCAUUUGAUGUAUCGUCGUUUUAAUCCACUUGAAAAAGAGUUCGAUGGAUUGCAUUCUUCCCAAAUUGUAAUAAAUAUAGUUUCUGGGCAGUAUGUUUGUCAAAGCAAUUUAUCAUCCAGCACGUACGUAGAAGUUGAAAUGCUAGGUAUACCUGUUGAUUGCAGUAAAAAGAAAACAAAAAUUAUUAAAAAGAAUGCCUUAAAUCCGAUUUGGAAUGAUACAUUUUUCUUUAAAGUAAUGUUCCAUGAUAUCGCGUUCUUAAGAUUUACUGUAUUUGAUAAUGAUUCAAACCACAUGGUGUCACAGCGUGUGAUACCAUUAAAGUGCCUAAGACCCGGCUAUCGGCAUGUUCGUUUACGAUCACCUUCAAACCAACCCUUAAGUAUGGCAUCAUUGUUUGUGUAUUCCAGAGUGGAGGAAGAAAGUUUAGAACGUAAUUCUGAUGAAGCUGAUGAGUUUAUGGGAGGUCGUCGCGAUGAUCGUUUUCCAACUUAUUCAUCGACAAAUGAUACCGAAGAUAACUUAACAUUAAACAAAAUUGGGAAAGUAUCCGCAACUAUUAUUGGUCAGAACAUUCCGUUAAAACGACGUAUGUUUUUCCUUAUGGUAUAUGGAGUCGUUUCAGAAGAACCAUAUACCAUUUUGAAAAUUACGCAAGAAACAACAACACAAGAAGUUAUUGCUCAAGCUUUAGCGAAACGUAAUAAAUCUGGCGAACAAGUUCAGGAUUAUAUUUUAGAAGAAGAAGUACAGCGUGGUUGGGAAAAGAAGGAUCGUGAUUUACCUGCAACACGGAGAAUUCUCGAUACUUUUGAAAAGCCUUUACAAGCUCAAGCUUUGUGGAAGGGUGAAGGGCGAUUUAUAUUGAAACAAAUACGGGAUGAUCCUAGUAGUCGAGCUUACAUAACUUCUAUACGCAGUGUUUCAAAACGUCGUUCAAUGGGGGCUGGCGGCGUUAGUGACGACGAACCAUUUUUAGUUUGCAUAUAUAAUGUAAGCGCUGAUAUUCCUUAUACCAUAUUUCAAGUUGCAAUCGGUUCGACAGCUCAAGAUGUAAUAGCUCAAGCUUUAAUCAAAGCCAGACGUAUUAAUGAAGACCCAAAUGAUUUCGUUUUAAUUGAAGAACUUGAAUUUGGGGCAAGUGGUAGCUCAUCGUCAACAAAUACACAACAAAGACCAUUAAAAGACGACGAAAAUGUCUAUACAACUCAAGCUAAUUGGCAAACAAUUGGGAAAUUUAUAUUACAAGAUAGAUCUAGUAUAACACCGUCAAUGAGGCGUCACCGUAUUGCGAUUGAUAAAAUCAGUAGAGGUUUUAGCAUAAGUCGUGCAGCUAUGCUAUCUGGAGGAUCUAAACCACCAAUACAAAUAGCGUUAAGUGAUCCCACCACAUCAACUCGUAUCAAAUAUAGAUCAGACGAUGCAAGUGGUAGCGGCAGUAGUAAUAGCAGUAAUCAAAUGGGUCGUGGUAUAUUUAGAGCAAAAGGUAGUUCAGAAAAAGAAACACCGACAUGUAGCCCAAGACAACGUCAACGUGAAGUACAUUCAGAAGGUGAAACACUAUCCGAUGAAGAAGGGCGAUCAGAUUUAAUGGCGAUGGUAUCAAGAUGUAAAAAAAUGUCAAUAAAAAAAUUAAAAGUAUGGAAAUCCUGAGUAUUAUCCUAUUUUCUAGAAUUUAAUUAAAAAUAAAAUCGUACAAAAAAUGAUUAAAGGUUGAAUUUCAAAUUAAAGUGAGAGUCGAUCAAUGAAAAAGUUAUAGAAAAAGAUAUUUAUAAAAAAAAUAUGAGAAAAUUUAAAUUCUAGAAAUGGAAAUAUUAAAUCACAAAAAAUAUUUUUUUGAGAAAUACAUAAAUGUAAUUUAGGACAUAAAAAUAAAAAUUAAAGUAAAAUAUUAAUCUCUUAAGUAGGUUACAUAAAGGAAAACUACUAAGAAAAAAUUAUAUAGAACCUGUUUUGAAAUUUAUAAUAAAUUAUAG